AUGGCUUCGCCCGCGGCGGCUUCUCGCCAUGUUCAGCGCGUGGUCUCGCAAGCCCGCCUGCGCUCAGCACGGCCUUUGAGAAGCCAAUUGGCUCUCAAUAGAUGGGCUUCCUCAUCUUCAGGCGCUCGGCGGUCUCCCGCCAGCUUUGGAGCUUCUUCCUCAUCUUCCACGGUCGCCAUUUGGCUUGCAGCAGCCGCUAUUGGCAUCACUGCUCCCUUGGCUUACAGCUUGUCAACGGCAGAGUCUGCGAAGCUGGAUGUCUCAUCGCUUGCCGAGAAAGAUGAGCAGAAGAAGAGGGAGGCCAGCAUCACCGACGAAUCUCCGAUGCGCCUGCGGAUGGAGAAGUUCAUCAAAGAGCAGCAACAAAUCAUUGUCAAAGAACUCGAGCGCAUCGACGGAAAGAAGUUUCGCAAGGACGAGUGGACACGGCCAAAUGGCGGCGGCGGCAUAACCUGCGUGCUGCAGGAGGGCAACAUCUUCGAAAAGGCCGGUGUCAAUGUCAGCGUCGUUUACGGGUCGCUGCCCAAGCCAGCCAUUGCAAAGAUGCGAGAAAACCACAAGAAUCUCGAUCCCAACGUCGAGUCUUUGGAGUUCUUUGCCGCUGGCCUGAGCAUGGUGCUUCACCCGUCUAACCCCAUGGCCCCCACCGUGCACCUGAAUUACCGAUAUUUUGAGACGGCCAAUCCCGAUGGCUCAUCUCAGGCCUGGUGGUUUGGCGGCGGCAGCGACUUGACGCCUUCAUAUCUCUUUGACGAGGAUGCCAUCCACUUCCACAAGACGAUCAAGGCCGCCUGCGACAACCACGACAAGACUUACUAUCCUCGAUUCAAGAAGUGGUGUGACAAGUACUUUUACAACAAACACCGCGGCGAGUGCCGAGGCAUAGGUGGUAUCUUCUUCGAUGACCUGGAUGAGAGUGAGCGUGACCAAGAAAACACUUUUGCCUUCAUCCAGGACUGCUUAAAGUCUUUCCUGCCGUCGUACGUCCCCAUCUUGGAGAAGCGAAAGGACAUGCCCUUUGAUGAAAAGGAGAAGAUGUGGCAGCAGAUUCGCAGGGGCAAGUAUGUUGAGUUCAACCUGGUCCACGACCGAGGAACCGCCUUUGGUUUGAACACGCCUGGAUCACGAGUGGAGAGCAUUCUCGUGAGCCUGCCGUUGACGGCAAGCUGGAAAUACAUGUAUGAGCCAGAGCCCAAAAGCCGAGAGCAGAGGUUAGUAGACGUUUUGAAGGAGCCCAAGGAGUGGGUUUGA